AUGCAAAAUCAAGCUACGUCAGACGCGAUUGAACUCGCCAGGCUCGGGUAUAAGCAGGAAUUCAAGCGCGCUUUCUCUCCACUGCAUGUCUUUGGACUCGUUUUCAGCAUAUUCGGGUUAUUCUCUUCGAUCUCAUCAGUUCUCGUAUAUGCACUUCCCUACGGAGGGCCCGUGGCUAUGGUCUGGGGCUGGGGGGUAUGCAGUUUCUUUCUCCUGCUAGUAACGAUGUCACUCGCCGAACUCGGCUCGGCUGCACCUACCUCUGGAGGCCUGUACUACUGGUCAUUCAAGUUUGCAUCACCUCGAUGGCGUAGACUGAUAUCAUGGAUCGUCGGGUAUUCCAACACGAUCGGUCUCGUCGCUGGUGUCGCGUCGACAGAAUGGGGAUGCGCCGUUCAGUUGAUGGCGGCUGUCAGCAUCGGGUCCGGGCAGACAUGGUCCGCAACGACAGGACAAACAUAUGCCGUCUUUUUGCUACUACUGUUGCUGCAUGCUGCUACGACCUCCCUAUCCACUUCAAUCAUCGCGCACCUUCAGACCGUCUACGUCGUUUUGAACAUCGUACUCUGCCUCGCGAUCAUCAUCGCCUUGCCUAUCGCGACUCCCGCGGAGUUCAAGAACAGUGCCAGCUACGCAUUCACCGGGUUCGUCAAUUACAGCGGCUGGACGGACGGUUUCGCCUUCGUUCUGAGCUUCCUGGCGCCGUUAUGGACGAUAUCUGGUUUCGAUUCGGCUCUCCAUAUUAGCGAGGAAACCCACAAUGCUCGCUUCGCAGUGCCCCUCGGACUCGUUGGUGCAACAGCCCUCGCCGGUGUGAUGGGAUGGGCAAUCAAUGUUGUGCUCGCGUUCAACAUGGGAAAGGACAUCGAUGGGCUUCUGGACAGCCCAAUUGGACAGCCGAUGGCAGCAAUACUGCUGAAUAGCCUCGGACAGAAGGGAAUGCUGGCGAUAUGGUCCAUUGUCGUAGCGGUGCAGUACUUGACCCAUGACGAACAGCUCGUUGCCUCUUCUCGCCAGACAUUUGCCUUCGCGCGCGACGGCGGUCUACCCUUCUCGCGCUUCCUCUACCGAGUCCAUCCUCGCACUCAAACUCCGAUAACGUGCGCCUUCGCGGUGGCAUUCAGCUCCGCGUUGCUUGGAUUGCUGGCCUUCGCUGGUGAUGCAGCCACAUCUGCUCUGUUUGAGCUGGGUGUUGUUGGACUCUACAUCGCGUACAUCGUCCCGAUCGCGUGUCGAUUCGCGGGAGGAAAGGCAUGGGUACUCGGCAGGCUGGUGAGAUUGAAGUCGCGGAACGUGUGGCGCGCGUGCCACACUCAAGACCGGGCAUAUUUCGUGAGACUGGGUGUAUUCUAG